UUUACAUCAUAUAAUUUAAAUUUACCGCUGUUACAUAUAAGAUAAGAAAACACGCUAUCUAGCAAUGUGGUACUUACUUCACAAUCUCUCGAGAUUUGUAACGUUUCACAUCGAAGAACACAAAUUACAAUUUUGUGAAGAUGGGAUUAAAGUUUGGAAAUCUUAAAAAACUAAGUGGUAUUACAUUUUUUCGCCUUAGUCCAUAUGAACAAAGAGCUUUUGCUGGAGUAGGUGAAGCUACUGGUAGAAUGAUAAAACGUCUCAGAUCAUAUAUUUUAACUGCUGGACCUUUUUUCCUUAUGAGUUAUGUCAUAAUGGAAUGGGCUACUGAAGAAAACCAUAAAAUGCACCGUAAAAAUCCAAAAGACUAUGAAAAUGAUGUAUAAAUAUUAUAAAUAGAAAUAUAAUUUAUUAAUUUAAAUUC